CGGUACAAGUCUUGACGAGGACAGUUCCUCAUUCCCUAUUUCUCUCAUCUCACGUCCACGCUUGAUCCGCGCACCCUCGGCUAUCAGCCCCAGCGCUUUUGCUGGCAGUUUUUCAUAACCCCGCCUGGCUCGAAAGCAUCCGCCUACGAACGAUAUCGGGCUUCUCACAACACCAGACGAGCGACACCGGACACCCUCAGCGCAAGCACUCAUCCAGCCGGGUCUUCGAGAAGCGUUUGGCGGCGGCAAAAGCAAUCCUCGGCAAGCAAACACUCGAGUCCUUUGCUCCAUUCUCUUCUCCGCAUGGAAGGGGGUCCAGGAGCUGGCGCUGCGAGUGGUGGGGCAUCCAGUCCAACUACCAGCGUGCGUCCAGGUACCGGGGGUAGCUACAAGAGGAAGAGAAGCGGUAUCGAGUUCGAGAGCAGUCCUGGGAGCGGUGGUGAGGAAAAUGAAGAAGAGGCAGAGAGACGCAGACAGCCGGGCGUGAAGAGAGCGUGCAAUGAAUGCCGACAGCAGAAAUUGCGCUGCGAUGUAGUUCAAGACCCAUUUACCGUCUGCUCACGCUGCAAUCGACUGAAGCUCGAGUGCAAGAUCGAAUCGAAUUUCAAGCGCGUGGGCAAGAGAAGCAAGCAUGCUGAGAUGGAAAAGCAGAUUGAACGCUUGAGACGUAACCUACACCGCGCGCAAGCACAAGGGUUCAUAGUCGAAGAUGAGGAGGAAAUCGAUUCGCCCCUUGCGAACGGCUCGUAUUCUCGCAACCAUCAAUCCUUCAUGGGCUCCGAAGAGGCGGUGUCGUCGCUACUACACUUGAAGCAGGGCGGAGCAUACCAGUUGCCACGCAUUGUUCAUGAGAUUGAGAAUGUUGGAUUAACGGAGGUGGCUAUCAAUGACCUCUUCAAUGAUUUCUGGAUGUGCUAUCACCCAUACCUUCCAUUCUUGAAUCCUCACCAAUCUCCCGACUCAUACCAUUCACAACACCCUCUGCUGUUCUGGGCUAUUGUUGCGGUUGCUGCGCGCAGAUAUACGGCUGAUCCUGGCUUGUUGACGUCAGUUUCGGGACCAUUAUCGAGACUUCUCUGGCAGACCGUUGGGGAAGUUCCAAACAACCAUUAUGUUGUGAAGGCGUUGUGCUUGAUCUGCACUUGGCCAUUACCAACAAGCACUACAUCUACAGACCCUACACAUAUCUUGUGUGGUGUCAUGAUGAAGACUGCCACUGGCAUUGGACUUCACCGACCUAACCAUACGCAAGACUUCUCCAGGGUAUCUGUCGACCUCAACAGAGAGCAAUUACAUGACCGAGUUACCACUUGGGCAGUCUGCAAUAUUGUAGCGCAAAGUGUAGGAACUGGCUACGGUCAACCAGCUUCCACACUGUAUGACUGGACACUUGCCGUUAGACCAGGGGAAGAUGGACCAUUCACCUUGUCUACAGAGCUGGAGGCUCGGCUACAAAUUGAGCGAUUCUGCGAUAAAGUUUCGAAGGAAAUGUACAGUAAUGCAAGUGAUCCUCGAGGAGUUGCAGGUGAUGAGCUCAGAGCAAUGUUGACGCGUGUCUACAAGCGAGAGUUCAGCGAACUCCGGGUCUCGAUACUCUCUAGAGCCGACCUUUCACCGGUUGUGCAGCUGCAUCUUAAGGCUGCCGGUCUUCAUCUACGUCUUUCGGCAUUCUUCGACUCAAGCUCUACCCCAGGAUACCUCAGCGAUCUGAUGGGGUUGUGGCUAGCAACCGUUGAAUUCUUGGAUUAUGUCCUGGAACUUGAUGCGCCUUCGCCAGACAGCCCUCGAGGAAGCAUCCUUCGCUAUGCUACUAACUACAUCUUGCAGAUGAUCGAUGCCGCCUGCUUCACUCUCCUCAAAUUGCUUGGAUCCUUCUUCUCGGCGUCUAUUGAUUUCGACAGAGGACGUUUACUGUUCCAUCGCACUAUUCAAGUCAUCAGAAGCAUGAGCAUCAUCAACAAUGAUUUACCAUGGAGACUUGCCGAGCUCAUGGUCCAGAUGUGGAAUGGUGCCCGAGUCGAGCAACGUAGCCAACAGCAGAUGAACAACAACAGCAACGGUCACGAGCCAAGAGCUGUUGUUGACGAUACCCUCCAACUGAAAGUUCGUUGCCGCAUGAGCAUGUCGCUAAUGUUCGAUUCCAUCUGGCGUUGGCGUGAAGAAUUCCAAUCCCAGGGGCGGGGUAAUCUCGAAGGUCAGCACUCCCAUUUCCUUUCCUUUUCCCAUGGUGCGCAAUUCACUUUAAACUAACGCCCGUCUAAUAGCGGCCAUGAAAAAUCCCACUAAUCCCGAUAGCGCAGCAGAAUCCUCUGCUUCCUCUACACACAUGGACGCGACGCUUAUGCCGCCGGCUCACCAACUUCAGAAUCAGCUCCUCAAUGCCGCGGGUUCUGUAACACCUAGCUCGCAUGGUCUGCCCUCUGGAAUGAUGGGUGGUGUUGGCUAUGGAGAAAGCAAUUACGAGGUCUUUGAUCCGCUGAAUUGGAUGCUGGAUGGUCUGGUUGACUUCCCAUAUUCGUAUGCGGCUGUUCAGGGAUUGGAACAAAAUGGAAUGGGUUGAUCGCCUACUUCCUUGAGACCUCGACGUAUCCGCAGCGCUUCAGCAAAUCCUGCUUUGACCAUAGUCGCCACGUUCGCGUCCUUUCUCUAUACCUCAACUACCUCAACAUGCACAUUUCGCUAAUACGCAAAUCCACACCCGGCACAUAACAACAAUUUCUCCCACCCCUGUUCAGCUCCUCACUCGCCAGAUCUCGUCUUUUCUUCUUCUCUGUUUCAUAUUCUCACAAGGGGUGGUGGGCGUUCAUGUCACGGUCACGGCCUGUUACGACGGCACGAAAUUGUUCUGUUCUCUGGGAUUCGAUCCCUCUGCAUUGCAUCACCGGUCGAUCGCACAUAGGCUUCCCUUCUGGUAAAUGGUGGCAAGAGGGGUAUCUUACAGUUUUUUCUUACUGACUUGUUUGUUUCUUGAUUCCCCAAAAUACGGUGUUGGAUGGUCAUGUGGAUUGAUGGGUUGUUGGGUUGUUGUUGUGGAUAUGAAAUGAGGUAAUGGUUGUGGAUAUCCGUUUGAAGUUUGCCGGUCUUUGUUGAAUGAGAUGAGCUGAGCCUACAUACAGAUGUAUGGAUGGAUCGAAUAGCAGCGAAUUGGUGGGAGAGAAGAAGAAAAGAAAAUAAUGAUGCGGAAAGAUGGACCCCAGCAAGCAGCAGAGCGAGAAUUGCUUGGAUCUCCUCACACUGGCUUGAGUGAGCUAAGAUAGGUAGCUAGGUAGUCAAAAAAUGAAUCUACUACGGUCUACAUGAAGUGUGCACUCUUCUCCUUCUUCUUUUCUGUCUAUCCCAAGCUAGCUUUGAUGUCGUGGGUAUUGAAGAUUACAUCUCACGAAGGGGGAUUAUUUGAUGUUAAAUCAGUGGAUUCCCCUUCAUUUGUACCCAUACGAGGUCCUGAGUCCGGAGGAAGAGCUAAAUAUCGAAUUACCAUGAAUUUGCCGGUUUGGGAUGGUAUUUCAAUUUUAAGCAUCGUUUUUAGGGACUGCUGAGGUAGAGGUGGUACGCUAUUGGACGGUGAAAAGUAUUGGUAUGGAGUAUCUAGACGUAAGCCGGCUUGUGAAGAGGGUGUGGGAAUUCUGGGUUUGGAGAGGAGGGAUGGGGUCGGCUGUGGGUGGAGGUGGAAGUGGUGUGGUGUGGAACUAUGUUGAUUGUGGGAUGGGAGGUAUGGGUUGUGGAGAGGAAGGUCUGGAAUGGAAUGGGAGGUAUGGGAAUGUAAGGGUGGGAAUGAAGGUCGGGAUAGAGAGAAGACAGUCGGGUAGAUCUCUACGUACUGUCCUGGUAUUAUCUUGGAAUGAGGAGGGGAUAGGAAGUGGCUGGGGUUUGAAGAAGAGUGGGAAGGGUUGGAAUGCGAUGAAAUAAAUAGAUUGGUAAGAUAGCUUAUCGUUGUUUCCUUUUGUAAGGAAGAGAAGGGAAAGGAAAAGAGAGGAGGUAAGAAAACAUACCGAUAUAUGUUGCUGGGUAGAUGGGGAGAAGGAAGUAGGAAGUAGGAAUUGGCUUGGGUUUGGGUUUGGAUCUGGAUCUGGAUCUGAUUUGGAUUUGGAUUUGGAUUUGGGGCUGCGAAAAGUGGGAUGCGAUGAGAUGAGUUGACCUGGAAUGAUACCUGCCAAUGAGGGAGAUGAGAAGAUGGAAAAUACGCAUUACUGACUUUACGAAAGAUCAUUAGGGAGUAUGUGAGAAAGUGUACGUGUUUAUGGUGUUUGGCUGACAGGAGUGGGAAAAGGGAAGGCGUGGCUGGGAUUUGGCCAAGGGAGGCGGAGUAGUGAGAUGGGAUGGGAAUACAUGAGACCACUUACGUAGUACACACGAGCUUACUGUGAACAAUUUGAGUAUAUAGCAAGAAAGGAUCGCUUUCGUGCUUCAUGGUCUCAUCCUCAAAGGAGCGUCGCAGACGCGACUGGGCGCUGGUGAGUAAAGUUGGAGUUGAGGGGUUUGGCUUUCGAUUUCAAGAUCACGUACAGAACCAAAAACAACGAAGAUAUUUGAACAUUGAGAUGGAAGGAGACCCGAUAUUGGAAACUCGAAAGAUUGGAAGCACCUAGGGACGUCGGAAUAUUCACUUGGAGUAUCAGGGAAGGAGGUAGUUGACCGAAGGUUGGUCCGUGAGCCAGGUACUUGCUAGCUUCAGCACUAGUCUAGUGCUCCAGGACGUAUAUUUCAACGACACUCUCGACCUGGAUUUAACCUUCGUCCCAAAGAUUUACUGGAAUCAACGACAUGGCAGAAACUAAAGCAACGACGAGUCCACCCUGUGCGCUGACCGCCCAUGGAUGCGUACGACUCCUGCGACGACCGCCGCAGCUGGCGACCCCAGGAGAGACAAUGGAAAAGACAAUUUGCAGGUACUAAUUGUGGAGAUAGGAACGUGGGAGGAAGUGACGAGUAGUUGUAGUGAAAGAAGAGGGUGUCAGUACUUAUUGUCCGCCACUCUGGCUGCUUACCUUACAAUACCUUCUACGAGGUCCAAAACACAACCAGUCAUCGUCGAUAGCACCAAUCUGCCGAAGAUCUGACACAAUCAGUGCACCAUAUUGGCUAAGAGCUGGUCUCAUUCUAGUGCUCUGGAGAAAAGAUAUCGUCUCAAGCAGAGUGAGCGCGUCCUGGAUGCCUUCUCCUUCUCAAGGACUCGAGCUUGAGCGCUUACCAUGGUGCUCGACCAACGCUCUAGGGUCUGACGAGACUGAAAGGCUAACUCAGAGCCCACUUCGUGUUCAUCGCGACUCUGUGUUCAAUGCGCGAGACGGCUUUUCAAGUUUGCGACAAGAGACUGGAUGCCGGCCGAGACUCAUAUUGGCAGAACAUCAGACUUCUCCACACACAGGUCAGGCUCCUGUGACGAGUACGACGGCAAUCAUUCGUCGAAUCAUCAUUCCUUUAGUCUCUUGAGGGAAGUUGUUGAUGCCAGGUACGGGGUGCAAGUGGGGUUGACGGCCACCAAGCAGACCAUAUAAACAUUGCAUACAGUUUAAGCGUACGCUUUCAGGACUUGGUCUCCCUCUCGUUUCUAUCCGUGGCAGAUUCUUUGGUAGUCUUUCGUGUUGGAGUCGUGGUCAAUGAUUGCACGACAAUUUGAGUCGACCUCGUUGUUCCUUCCCAAGAAUCCAUCAAUACGACAGACUAUCACAUCUCACAAUUCCGUCACAAAAUUUGCCUCCAUUUGAUAUUUUUCUGAUGAUUCAGUUCCAUGCAACCGUACGUUACCUGCCGACGGGUGUUCUAGCCCGAAGGUGAGGUGGGUCGGAGGUCCACACAUGGCCUUGUUAUGAUUGCGGUCUCGUCGAGGGCCCGGGAAACGGUGUGCCUACUGGUCACGCAGUACCACAGCACAUAUUUAUACAUGUAUUCAGCUUCCACCGACGAAAGGUCUCAGGUUCAAUCCCAGAUGACCCUUUUACACUCCUCCUCCCCAAUUGUUCUUGCCACGUCGAUGGCUUGUCUCGAACGUUUGUGACCUGCGAGCCAUUUUCUUCGCAACGACUGAACUUCUGAAGCACAUAGAGAAGGCCAAAUGACGAUCAGUCUCGGAGAUCAAUUGGUGGUUUCGUGAAGGCUGGUGCAAUCUGCGGGUACCCGUGUCUCAGUGACAAAAGUUUCGCAUUCAGACACCUCUCCUUCGACAAAGCUCCCAGCUGCAUUUGCGUGUCCUGGAUAAAUCAAUAUUGAAGAAAACCUGGCAGGAAUUUCGUUCGUUGAGAAGUUAAUUGGAGCUUGCGAUAGCCAGAGUUCCCGCGAUCUUCCACGAGGCGUCCGCUGAGCUACCAUUUCGUCUUUCGCACUGUGCGAAAUCCGCCAAUGACGUUCAAUCUACAUUGUAUUUUGCUUCCAUGAGAAAAGUCAAGAGAGCAUUGGUAUGGUGACUUCGGCAACAUUGUGGUUCGUGCGUCUCCAGGACAGGCUCGCGCGUAGAUGUUGUUGUUGACAUUGCCGCCAGUGCUGGGGGUUUGAUGUAAAGCUAUUACCGGCGGGUAACAUUGAAUAAGGAGAGGCUUUGAUGCGCCUUGAGAUCGAUCGCAUUGUAUGAAAAACUUCGUUGUAUGCCAUGGACAUACAUUCGACAAUACCCAGACUUGUUGCUUCCUUUGCUGAGUUGAUUGUGGCAAGGCCGAAACGAGUCGAAGACCCAAAAAAGCCAAUCCAGAGAGCCGACAAAGCGGGAGACCCAAAACUCCCCCAUUUCUGCCAGCGAAGGACAGGCAACUGGGAAACUGUUGACUGACCCCUCAAUCCAAGGUUCAUCUCUGUCCCCUGCCAUUGUCUUUCCAAAUAACUGAUUCUUUCUGCAAGUUCGAGCCGCUGCACGGAUAUGGGAGCCACGCCACAGACAUGCCAUCGCACCUUAUGGAGCCCUUACGAUAUCGGUCCUCCUUUGGACCUAGGUGUCCUUCACGGUCUCCUCGCUGUGACGAGUAUUCUCUCCUGAUCGUUAAGCGCCGAUGCGCUCCUGAAGUCUGAUGCCCCACCCCAUGAUGCGAAUCAGCCUGACUAUCGGGGCCAGAUAUCGGCUGGAACUCUCUGUUGCAGGUGUGGGUCAGAAUCACCGGCCAUCGUCAUGGUCUCGUGUGCUGCUUGUUGAUCAUGGAUGCUUGAGGAUAUGGAAACAGAAACACAACUCGCCUUUCAGGGAUGUUCAUAAAUCCCUCGCUCCUUCGAUGCAGCUUCGCGGUUUCAUGUUUCUGGAUGGAUGCUUACAAGCAAGCGAAGACCAUGCUAGGAAAAGUCGAGGAAUGCAUUUCGACGUCCAAUAGCUUGUGCGACCUGAAAAACUGAACACUCAUCCUCUACCGUUCGCCUAGGGUUGGGGAUGGAGGGUGUGUGUCGAUCCUCCAAGGUGUCCUUGCUUUUUCCCUCAGCUACUGCUCAGCUACAAGGAAUCCGGAAAAGUUUCUCAUUGGAGUCAGAUUCAGCUAAUAACAUGGUGAAUUCUUUGGAACACGCGAGGUCUAUACCCACGACAGCUCACCCAACUGAACUAGGAAUUUUGACUCUCGAGAGAUUAAAGUCUCCAUGAUACUUCCCCGCAGCCAACCGGACCUUUACAUCGCUUUUCUUAUCAGAAAGACUCAUCUUGUACUACAGGCAAGGUCAUAAAAGCCCCCGCGGUGGCUGAGCAUAUUCGGUUGGCGGCCAUCAUUGAUUGGGGAAUGACUCGAUUCAGGAUCCUGGAUCCGCUGCCGAUUCUCAGCCAAAGAUCUCGGAUGUCCCGCUCUCCAACCCGUUGUCACUCAGCCCGAGUUCCAAUGAAGGCCUGCCACCUGAAAUUUGCCAUACAAGGAGCGACAUGAUAUGCCCAUUGCUUCCUGAUUGGCACUGUGGAUCUAGAAUUAGGUUGCAGGGGCGGGCCACAAUCAGCAUAUGUGCUCCCUUAGUGGCCGAUGACGGUCUCGAUCAACGACAGCCAGUGUGUGCCAUUGGUUAGCAAGUCAAAACGUGGGUGAGUGUAACCCACUCUGGGAGUUGUCUUCCGUUCAGGUUCUCCUUGAUGGUGCAAGCCAGACGCAUGAACAGAUCAGCUGGCAGUGAUAGAAUGCCAGUGACAAUGCAGAACUAAUUUGAGUAUCAAUGGCCGCAUUAGCACUUCUUUGCUUUGAGUCCCGCACCAAAUAUCCUUUUUGCAGGCAGAUGCCAGUCAAAGUCACUUCAGAUGAACGAUGGCUGGCCAGAUACGAUAUGCGAUUGCCGCCGCUUUGCAACAACCCAGAUCGGCGUCAAAGAGCGCUUCUCUUUCGUUGUCUUUUCCCCGCACGCAGCACGGUUCACAUGUUGCGCUUCGAGAAAUCUGACCGCUUGGGGGCGGCAUGGACCAUGAUACCGCAUUUCGGCAGUGUCCCCUGGACGUUUCGCCUUUCGAAACCGGAGCGAUCCCCAUCAAGAUGCAGAGGCGUUGACGGGCUUUCUUGGUACAGUAAAUAUUGAAGAGAAAGCGCUGUGCAUGCAGCAGCAAUCAGAAACUGCUCCGGUCGACUCAUGCAGUACACAUCACAAAUCUCAAACCCUGUCACAGUGACCGGACCUGGCCCGCAAAAAUGAAAAGGCAUUGGUGAUGGUUUGGGCACUAUUUGGCGAACCAUCCAGGGGUAAGCGAGUGGCGGAGGAGCCUGAACAUGCUAUGAAGAUUGGGGAGGGGGAUGAGGAGGGGCCAUCGGAUAUGAGAUAGGGACCUGGCAUAUGAUGGAAUUGGAGCGGAUCUCUCAGUCUCGGUUGGGGGCCGGCUGUGCCAUGAGAUAGAUCAAGGUACCGGCAUUUGUCUGUCGUCACUUCGCAACAGGCGACUGGCGAGUCAUCGCCGACGAGCUGUUGACGAGCUGUUGAUGUUCAGCUGGCGCUUGAAAUACCUUUUGUGCUGCACGUCCGUCCCAAAGCAGCCAAACACAGUCCAAUGCCACCCCGGGAGUGUAACAGCACCUGGCUGCAAGAGGCAAUUGGGAUCUAUUCUCGCGUCAAAGAUGUCGAUGCAUGCAGGCUAAUUGUGGGGAUGUUGGCUGUGUUGACUGCGACUAAAUUGCUAUCCAAGGGGGGGGUGCUGGCGGUGCUGGUGGUGUUAGGUGCGCUGUGCCGCGCACGCACAGGACAUCACAUGAAGGCGCGCGGUUGCAAGA